AUGUACAACUUGUCAAAGGUUGCUCACCAACGUCUUUUCCCUACCUUGGCCCGUAAUACCGGUGUCCUCUCCACCGCUUCUCGUGCUUACAGCCAAGCUGUGAAUGGCCCUGUUAUUGGUAUCGAUUUGGGUACUACCAACUCUUGUGUUUCCGUCAUGGAAGGCAAGAAUCCCAGAGUCAUUGAAAAUGCUGAAGGUGCUCGUACCACUCCCUCCAUUGUUGCAUUCACCAAGGAUGGCGAAUUAUUAGUUGGUCAAGCUGCUAAGCGUCAGGCUGUCGUCAACUCUCAAAACACCGUCUAUGCUACCAAGCGUUUAAUUGGUCGUCAAUUCAAGGAUCCCGCAGUUCAAGCUGAUAUCCCUGCCGUCUCUUACAAGAUUGUCGCUCACAGCAACGGUGAUGCUUGGGUCGAAGCCAACGGUAAGAAGUACUCUCCUUCUCAAAUGGGUGCCUUCGUUUUGGGUAAGAUGAAGGAAACUGCUGAAGGUUAUCUCAGCAAGAAGGUCAAGCACGCUGUUAUCACUGUCCCUGCUUACUUCAACGAUGCUCAACGUCAAGCUACCAAGGAUGCUGGUAAGAUUGCUGGUCUCGAUGUUAUGCGUGUUAUCAACGAGCCUACUGCCGCUGCUUUGGCCUAUGGUCUCGAUAAGACUGGUGAUUCUACCAUUGCUGUUUAUGAUUUGGGAGGUGGUACCUUUGAUAUCUCCAUUCUCGAAAUCCAAAACGGUGUCUUCGAAGUAAAGUCUACCAACGGUGAUACUGCUCUCGGUGGUGAAGAUUUCGACUCUCAUCUCGUCCGUCAUGUUGUCAAGGAGUUUAAGGACGAGUCCGGCAUUGAUCUCUCUACUGACCGUAUGGCCAUUCAACGUAUUCGUGAAGCUUGUGAGAAGGCCAAGAUUGAAUUGUCUUCCACUGUCCAAACCGACAUCAACUUGCCUUACAUCACUGCUGAUGCCUCUGGCCCCAAGCACAUCAACUCCAAGUUGACUCGUGCCAAGUAUGAGACCCUCGUUGGUGACCUCAUUCACCGUACUAUCUCCCCCUGUGAGAAGGCCAUGAAGGAUGCCGGUAUUGCCAACAAGGAUGUUCACGAUGUUAUUUUGGUUGGUGGUAUGUCUCGUAUGCCCAAGGUUGUUGAGACCGUCAAGUCUGUCUUUGGUAGAGAACCCUCCAAGUCCGUCAACCCUGAUGAGGCUGUCGCCAUUGGUGCUGCUAUCCAAGGUGGUGUCCUCGCUGGUUCCGUCACUGACAUCUUGUUGCUCGAUGUCACUCCUCUCUCUUUGGGUAUUGAAACCCUCGGUGGUGUCUUCACUCGCUUGAUCAACCGUAACACUACUAUUCCUACCAAGAAGUCUCAAGUCUUCUCUACUGCCGCUGACGGUCAAACUCAAGUUUCCGUUCGUGUCUUCCAAGGUGAACGUGAACUCUGUCGCGACAACAAGCUUUUGGGUGACUUCAACUUGACUGGUAUUCCUCCUGCUCCCAAGGGUGUUCCUCAAAUUCAAGUUGAAUUUGAUAUUGAUGCUGAUGGUAUUGUCAACGUCAGUGCCAAGGAUAAGGCCACUAACCGUGAUCAAUCCAUGACCAUUGCUGCCUCUUCUGGCUUGAGCAAUGAUGAAAUUGAGAACAUGAUCCAACAAGCUGAGGCCAAUGCUGAGGCUGAUAAGGCUCGUCGUGAUACUAUUGAAAUGGCUAACCGUGCUGACUCUGUCAUGAGUGAAACCGAGAAGGCUAUGGAUGACUUCAAGGAGCAACUCGAUAGCGCUGAGGCUGAUAAGCUCAAGGAAAAGAUUACUGCUCUCCGUGGUGAAGCUUUGAAGGCUCAAUCUGGUGAUGCUGCUGUCAACCCUGAAGACCUCAAGGCCAAGAUUGACGACCUCCAAUCUAGCUCUUUGAAGCUCUUUGAGAUGGUCUACAAGAACCGCGCCAGCCAAAACGAAGGUGCUGCACCUGAGAACAACAACAACGGUGGUGCCAACCCUCAAUAA